AGUAAAUUCAUAGAAAAACACUUAUUUAUAAAUUGCUCUUCUAGCUAAAGAAAACUACAAACAAAGGGAAGAUACCAAAUUUUGUUUAUCUUCGAUCCUCUCUCUCUAUCUCUAUCCUCAUGGCAUCUUCUUCUACAAACUCUUGGAGAUACGACGUCUUCCCUAGUUUCAGAGGAGAAGACAUCCGUAAUCACUUUCUCAGCCACUUGCUUAAAGAGUUUGAAAGCAAAGGGAUAGUGACAUUCAGAGACGACCAUAUCGAAAGAAGCAACACGAUCGGUCCAGAGCUGAGAGAAGCCAUUAGAGAAUCUAAGAUCUCUGUAGUCUUGUUCUCGGAGAACUAUGCUUCUUCAAGCUGGUGUUUGGACGAGCUUGUUGAGAUCUUGAAAUGUAAAGAAGAACUAGGACAGAAAGUGAUGCCUGUUUUCUAUAAAGUGGAUCCAUCUGAUGUAAGAAAACAGACAGGGAAGUUCGGAAUGAGUUUCUUGGAAACUUGUCGUGGUAAGACGGAGGAGCAACAACUUAAUUGGAGGCAGGCGUUGACUCAUGCUGCUAAUAUUGUUGGAGAUCAUCGUCAAGAUUGGGACAAUGAAGCAUAUAUGAUCACAACAAUUUCCAAGGAUGUAUUAAACAAAUUAUUAAGUGCAACGCCAUCAACAUAUUACAAUGACUUGGUUGGAAUUGAAGCUCACAUUGCAAAGAUGGACUCUUUGUUAUGCCUUGAGUCUCAAGAAGUGAGGAUAGUAGGGAUAUGGGGUCCUGCGGGCGUUGGUAAGACUACUAUAGCUAGAGCUUUAUAUCACGAGAUUCAUGAAAACUUCAAAUUUUCUAUAUUUAUGGAGAAUGUUAGAGAAAGUUAUAAUGGUGAAGCUGACCUUGAUGACUAUGGUUUGAAGCUGCGUUUACAACAAAGAUUUUUGUCCAAACUUCUUGAUCAAAAGGAUUUGAGGAUACGCCAUUUAGGCGCCAUCGAAGAAAGGCUAAAGAACCAUAAAGUUCUGAUUAUUCUUGAUGAUGUGGACAACAUUGAGCAACUCAAAGCCUUGGCUAAGGAAACUCGAUGGUUUGGUAACAAGAGCAGAAUCAUUGUGACAACCCAAAACAAACAAGUUUUGGUUUCACACAAUAUAACCCACAUGUACAAGGUGGCUUAUCCUUCAAAACAAGAAGCUCUUACUAUAUUUUGUCAGCAUGCUUUUAAUCAAAGCUCCCCAUCAGAUGAUUUCAAGGCUCUUGCAACUGAAUUUUCAGCUCUUGCUGGUCAUCUUCCACUUGGUCUACGAGUUCUUGGUUCUUUUAUGCGUGGAAAGAGCAAAGAGGAGUGGGAAUUUUCCUUGCCUACGCUAAAACAUCGACUUGAUGGAGAGAUAGAGAAAGUACUAAAAGUCGGGUAUAAUGGCUUACAUAAGGAUGACAAAGCUUUAUUUCUUCAUAUUGCAUGUCUUUUUAGCGGUCAUCACGAAAACUAUGUGAAAGAGAUGGUCAUACCACCUAACAAUGACUCGGAUGUUGGUUUUGGACUUGAAGUCUUGGCUAAUAAGUCUCUCAUACAAAAAUACGAGAAUGGUAUAGUCGAGAUGCACUCCUUACUUCGACAAUUGGGGAGAGAAGUUGUUCGAGAGCAAUCUAUUUACGAGCCAGGAAAACGUCAGUUCUUGAUGAAUACUAGAGAGACUUGUGGUGUCCUUUUCUUUUUUUUUCACAUAAGUAUGAAAAAAUUGCUUUCUUAGGGAACCAAAGCAAUAAUUAAAGCAAUUUUUGUUUUGUAGGGUACGGGAACUGUAUUAGGUAUAUCAUUAGAUAUGAGUGAGAUCAAAGAGGAGUUAUAUAUAAGUGAGAAAACUUUUGAAGAGAUGCGGAACCUAUUGUAUCUAAAAUUCUAUAUGAGUAGUCAUGUAGAUGAUGAAAUGAAGCUCAAGUUGCUUUUACCAGAAGAAGGGCUAAGCUAUCUACCUCAGUUGAGGUUAUUACAGUGGGACGCGUAUCCUCUCGAGUUUUUGCCUUCUCACUUUCGACCCGAAUGUCUUGUCGAACUCAACAUGUCGAAUAGCAAGCUUAAAAAGCUAUGGAGUGGAGUUCAGCCACUUAGAAAUCUCAGGACAAUGAAUCUGUAUAACUCAAGGAAUCUAGAAGUCCUUCCAAAUCUUUUGGAAGCAACAAAGCUGAACACAUUGAAUUUGGGUUGGUGUGAGUCUUUGGUGGAGCUUCCUUCAUCUAUAAAGAACCUUCAAAAUCUGUUUUUGUUAGAGAUGUCUUGUUGCGGAAAACUAGAGAUCAUCCCAACCAACAUCAACUUAGCAUCUCUAGAGUUCCUCCACCUAAGAUAUUGCACUCGUUUGAAGACCUUCCCCGAGAUUUCGACGAAUAUUCGUCUUCUCAAAAUAAAAGGCACUUCCAUCACUGAGGUGCCUCCAUCAGUCCAAUAUUGGCGAAAAAUCGAAGAAAUUUGCAUGGAGAGGACUAAGGUAAAAAGAUUGGUACAUGUUCCUUAUGCUUUAGAAAGACUAUGUUUGAGGGGUAAUAGAGAAUUGGAGACUCUUCCAAGAUACCUCAAAUAUCUCCCUCGGCUGCACAUGAUUGACAUCUCCUAUUGCAUCAAUAUUAUAUCGCUACCAGAGCUUCCAGGAUCAGUAUCCGCCUUAACAGCUGUAAACUGCGAGUCACUUCAGCGUCUACACAGCCACUUUCGAAACAGAAGCAUUACCUUGAAUUUCACUAACUGUUUAAAGCUAGAUCAGAGAGCUCAAGAAAAGAUCCACGAGUCAGUUUACAUCAACCAGUCUGCAUACCAAGUUGCUCUCUUACCUGGUGCACAAGUACCUACAUACUUCACAUACCGAAGUACGGGAAACGCGAUAAUGAUCCAUUGGGAUAAGUUAGAUCUUUCAAAGUACAACAGAUUCAAAGUAUGCCUCGUUCUUGGAGCGGGAAAACGUUUUCAAGGUUGUGAUAUAAAAUUUUACAAACAAAUGUUGUGUAAACCGAGGGAGUAUCACGUGGCCAAGCGUCUUGAUACACCAAUUCUUGUAAGUGAUCAUCUUUGCAUGUGCGAGUUUGGAUUAUUGCCACCACAUCCUCCAACGCAAAGGGAGCUUCUACGGCCAAUCAAAAUGAUGAUGGUGUCCUUUGAGAGUCGGGGAUUUGAUAAGUGCCAAGUUAAAGAAUGCGGUUUACAGUUCUUGGAGCCUCAUGAGACAUCCCAGUUCCGGUCUCUAUCGCUUCAUCAGUACUUUGGUAGUAGUAGUAGUAGUGGUAAUGAAGACCAUGAGGAAACCAGUAGUGAUAUUGAAGAAAUUAUCCAUGGAGAUAAAGAAGGAAGUAGCAGGAACAAAUCUGUUAGGAGUUGGAUUAAGGUUGGAGCAAAAAAAUUGAGACUUAGUUUGGAUUGUCUAAAGCAUUAAUAUUAUUUUUAUAUAUUUUGGUCUAAUAUAUAUAUAUAUAC